AUGCUGUCCUCAUUAUCCUCAAGCGUCGCGAACAUGCGACAUUCGAUCGCCCAAGUGCUGAACUUCGCACUCGUCCUAUCCACCGCUUUCAUGAUGUGGAAAGGCCUCAGUGUCCUGACGGCGUCAUCGUCACCGAUCGUGGUCGUCCUAUCUGGCUCCAUGGAGCCAGCCUUCCAACGAGGAGAUCUCCUCUUCCUAUGGGCACGCAGCCCCCGCGCGGAGAUCGGCGAGGUUGUUGUUUACAACGUUCGCGGAAAGGACAUCCCCAUUGUUCACCGGGUGGUCAGAACAUACCCUGAAAUCGAGGGUCGUGGCAGUGCGAAGAAGGUCAAGGAGAUUACAGUGGAUACUACACCAGAGACUCACAUGCUCCUUACGAAGGGCGAUAACAACCUGUCCGACGAUACCGAACUGUAUGCGCGCGACCAGGACCACCUGGACCGGACGGCAGAUAUUGUUGGGAGCGUCCGAGGGUACAUCCCCAUGGUUGGAUAUGUGACCAUUAUGCUCAGCGAGCACCCUUGGCUUAAGACCGUGAUGCUUGGCAUUAUGGGACUGAUGGUGGUUCUACAGCGCGACGUCAAGCGCAUAUCCAAGGAGCUAGCAGAGCUCACCGAAUCCCCACCAGAAGGAAUCAAAGUCGAACUAGCCUCCGAAAGCGACGUGUACAACUGGAAAGUCCACAUGGAAGGGCCCGAAGGCUCCCCAUAUCACAAAGGCAACUUCCUCGUCAAGCUCUCCCUCCCAACAGAAUACCCCUUCAAGCCACCGACGGUAUCAUUCGAGACAAAGAUCUACCACCCCAACGUUACGAACGACGACAAAGGAAGUAUGUGUCUGGGGAUGCUGCGCGCCGACGAAUGGAAGCCUAGCUCGAAGAUUGCGGCUGUGCUGCAAUUCGCUCGCCAGUUGCUUUCGGAGCCGAUGCCGGAUGAUGCGGUGGAGGGUCGCAUUGCGGAACAGUAUAAGAAUGAUCGGGCGAGGUAUGAGGAGGUUGCUAGGGAGUGGACGCGGAAGCAUGCUUCAUAG